AUGUUUCUACGACUACGACCGUUGCUACGGGUCAGACGACAUUCGACAUUUGCACGAAGGAAAGACAUAUUUACAGGCAAAGCACACACACACACAAGAGCCAAUGAGGCUACAAACAUGCAUGGCAAGGUCAUCGACGACAUAAUCCAGGGGAAGACUAGGCCGAGAAAUGCUGGGGCACAGACCGAUCGAACAGAGACACCAGAGACAGAGACUUCAGAGAUUUCAGAGACACCAGAGAUUUCAGAGACACCAGAGAUUUCAGAGACACAAAGAGAGACCGAUACACAGACCGAUACACAGACCGAUGCUGCCAAUAGCCAGACGCUCUCCGGAAUGAUCUUCCGCUUCUUCCAGACCGAGUCCUCCAGAUUGCGCGAGACCAUGAAAAUCGACCAGACGCUAGCGUCCAACGAUAUCCAGCUCAACAGUGUGAGCGGGCCGCUCCGGCAGAAGUUGGAGCAGCAGAUGGACGACUACAGCCGGUUGUCUGUUCUUUUGGCGCACCACGCGCUUUCUGUGCCGCCGACGUUGGCGCUCCAGUACUACAAUCUGCUCCCGCGGUGCGAUUCGGGCCACAAGAAAACGCUUCUCGGCAUGCUUGCGUUCCACAACCGGUGGGCGGACUUUUGGGCGGUGGCGUUGGAGGAAAAUGCGUCGUUGAGCGAUGUGGAGGAAGUGGUGGAGCUUUUGCACGAGCAAUUGGGCCAGAACCACAAUGGGCUCGGGUUGUGGCAGGCGGUCGAGGCGGCGCACAAGAGGGCGAGCGGCGCCGUUUGGCGCGCCAUAGGCGAGUGUAUUGAGUACCGGUUUGGCGUGGGCCGGGCGCAGGCGGAGGACUUCUGCGCGCUUGUUUCGGACGAAGUGUCUGAGAACACAACCACAAACACAAACAAGCACACAACCACAACCACAAACAAGCACACAAACACGAGCAUAGACGGAAAGGUUUCACAGACGUACGAUGUGGAGAUGGCUGACGUGCUCUUUGCCUUUGCCUCGCGGCGCCUGCUUCAAAGGGGCGCGGAGUUGCAGUACGAUCGAGUCGCCGCGCGCCUUGCCCGUGUGCCCGGGUCGGUGUCGUUUUUGUGCGGCGGCGUUGGCGAGGCGCGCGCGCAGGCGGUCGCGCGGGCGUUUGCGCAGCUCCGCUCGGGCUUUUUCAACGACGCAGACUGCGCCCACCUUUUGGCGCAUGCCCAGCUGCGCCCGCACGUGUACCAGGUGUACUUGUUGGCGUGCCGCAACGCGCGGCGCGGGCUUUUGUGCAACCAGACGCUCGACGCCGUUGUUCGGGCGGCCGUGCAAGUGGGCGACUGGGACUUGGCGCAGGCCGCCGCGCACCGGUUCGUGCAGAGCGUUUCGCCGGCGACAUGGGCGCUUCUUGCGCCGCCGCUUGCGGCGCGGGUGCGGCCGCUAUUCAAGCGCCUUGCGAGAACAGACAAGUUCCACCGCGUGGCGCUAGCGUUGGCGCAGGAAAUGAAAAAACAGACAGACAGGACGGAAUCAGACAAGACGGAAUCAGACAAGACGGAAUCAGACAAGACGGACUCAGACAAGACGGAAUCAGACAAAACAGACACUUCUGACACCGACUUUGUCCUUCUCGCGCUCUUGGAGCACGCGGACGCCGACCCGAAGCUCGCGCGCGCGCUCUUGCGCCAGUUGCGCGGCACCGACCGCAAUCUCCGCGCCGCGUGCCGCCUCCAGUGGCGCGCCUACAACUGGCUCGAGAUCAUGCGCUUCGCCCUCCGCCACGGGCUUUCGCCCGCAGCCGCCUUCGCCGGCGCCAUGCGUACCUCGUUCCCGCCGGCGCUUGUUCGUGCGGCCAAAGCAAACAUGGCCGCAGCAAACCUGAUGGCCGCGAACCUGAUGGCCAAACUGAUGAACGUCGACCUGGCUCCUUUCGACGACUUCCGCGCGCUCUACUCGGCAGCGGCGCCGUCGCAGCGCCGCGCUCUUCUCCACAACAUCCAGGCCGCCGCGCAGGCGCUUUCUGUACUAGCGCCCGAAGACGUGGCCGCCGCGCUCAACGUCCUCCACCGCCAGGUGUUUUCGACUGCGUUUUUCCCGCGCUCGCGCACCGGCCGCACCUACAUCUUCGACCGCCUCGUCCACGGCACGUUGCAUUUCGUGCACCGCCGCCAGCCGGGCGUGGCGCCGUUGCGCACCAUUGUCGCGCGCUUGGACUUUGACUGCACCGCCGCCCAGGCGGCGCUCUUUGAGCAUCUCGUGCAAGACGACCCGCGCUUGGCACGCCUGGUGCUCGAAACGUAUGCGCAGACCCGGCGCUUUUUGCUGGCGCCACUCAUCAACGCCGUGGAGCGCGGGCUUUUGCGCACGCCGCAGCUUUCGCCGCGCGCCCGCCUCGAGUGGUUUGGCCAGUUUCUCGAGGCCAAGCGCACGUUGGGCUACCGCAACAAGUUGGCGCCGCGCACCGCCGCGAUGUUUGGCGAGGUGGCGUUGCGCGCGCAAAAGCCCGGCUUGGACGCGCUCCCCGCAUGGGGCCUCGACCAGGGCGUGCCCUUGCGCGUCGUGAAAAAUUGGGCGAAGAGGAUCAGGUGA